GUUUUAAGUUGUACAUGCAACCAUUUUUAAAGCAGAACAACAAACCCAAAAAUCAAACUCGCUUAAAUAAUUCGCAAAAUGCUAGAUUUUUUCAGUAUUUUCACUAAAGGAGGAAUUGUUUUAUGGUACUUUCAGGGAACUGUAGGAAAUUUUACUAGUCCUAUUAAUGAGCUUAUUAAGAACGUCAUUUUGCAGGAGCGUAGUGGCAGUGGUUCCUACACACAUGGACAACUUGCCAUUCAAUAUAAACUUGACAACGAGUUUGAACUGGUUUUUGUGGUUGGAUAUCAAAACAUAUUACGUCUUUCAUACAUUGACAAGCUCCUUUCUGAUAUCCAGUUAGAAUUUAGAGAUCGUUAUAAGAAUCAAAUCAUUCGAAGUUUAUUUUCUUCGUUUAAUUUCCAAGAAAUAUUUGUCAAUAUAUUGGCAGAAAAUGAACAAUCCAGCAAGAUGGCCAAACGUGAAAUGAAGUCAUUUGCUGAUUCAAACUGUGCAAAAAAAAUCAUGAAACAGCGUGGCACUUUAGAAUUAAGUAAUACAAAAAAAGACGAAAAAAAAAUAAAGAGCGAUGAUGCUCCCAUAUCCCCAAAGCCAAUAUCAAAAUCAAAGUCUACCUCUGACUCGGUAACAUCUACUACAGAAAAAGUUGUUGAAGAAGCAGACUUAAUUACUGAAGACCAAAUUAUUGAGCAAAAUCGGCAACUUCUUAUUAAGGGAAUGCUCAAAGGAAAAAAGAAAGUGAAGACUGAAAGCAAACAGUCACCACAACAAAAGGGUAAAAAAGUCAAAGAAGGUCGUUCUUGGACAAAUGGAGGAUUAUUGAAAGAUGCAUUAGUGCUUGAUUAUAGUGAAUCUAAUGAAAAUCAUUCUAACAAUAUGUUGAACGAUGUUUCUGAAGAAGAUAAAGCUAUGGUCGGACAAAUGAGAGGUGAACUUAAAUCCAUUGAAGUUUCAAAAGGUAAUAUUGAGGAAGAAGAAUUAGAAGAACAAGACAAAGAUUCUAAAAAAGUCACAGUAGGAAAUGAUACAAAAAAAAGCCAAAGUUCUGUUGGUGGCAGUGUGUUUUCAUUUUUUAAAGGAUUGGCUGGCCAAAAAGCAAUUACAAUGGAAGCAAUGCAGCCAGUGUUGGAUAAGAUGAGGGAGCAUUUAUGCUCAAAAAAUGUAGCUACAGACAUUUCAGAGAAACUUUGUAAUUCAGUUGCUGCCAAAUUGGAGGGAAAGGUUCUAGGAACAUUCACUGGAGUUGCUACUGCUGUAAGAAGCAGUAUGGAAGAAUCAUUAGUGCAGAUCUUGUCACCUAAGAAGCGUAUUGAUAUCUUACGUGAUGUUAUGGAAUCUAAAAAAAAAGGUCUUCCAUAUGUUAUUGUGUUCUGUGGUGUAAACGGUGUUGGAAAGUCAACUAAUCUUGCAAAGAUUUGUUUUUGGUUGUUGGAAAAUAACCAUCGUGUAAUGAUAGCAGCUUGUGAUACAUUUCGAUCAGGAGCUGUUGAACAGCUCCGAACACAUACUUGUCGAUUGAAAGCAUUACAUCCAAAAGCCUCACCAAGUGCUCCAGAACAAGUUUUUUUGUAUGAUAAAGGGUAUGGUAAAGAUGCUGCUGCAGUCAGUAUGGAGGCCAUUAAUUUAGCUAAGGAUCUUAAAUGUGAUGUAGUUCUUGUGGAUACGGCAGGCCGUAUGCAAGAUAAUGAACCAUUAAUGAGAUCGCUGGCAAAGUUAAUUAAAAUUAAUGAACCCAAUCUUGUGCUGUUUGUUGGUGAAGCGCUUGUGGGAAAUGAUGGUGUUGAUCAGUUAAGGAAGUUCAAUCAGGCUUUGGCAGAUCAUUCAGAUGUAAACAAUCCUCAUCUUAUUGAUGGAAUUGUUUUGACUAAGUUUGAUACAAUUGAUGACAAGGUUGGUGCUUCCAUUUCAAUGACUUAUGAAACUGGACAGCCUAUAGUAUUUGUCGGUACUGGCCAAACCUACACAGAUUUGCGUAACUUAAAUGUCAAUGCCGUAGUAAAAGCUUUAUUGUAAAUUUUUUAGCUGAAAAGCUGUAGAUCAACAUACUAUAACAAAUAUAAUUGAAUUGAAAUAUUUUUAAAUCUUUAGUA